CACAUACUGCCCUGCCUGUCUGUCUGCAGAAAUCCUCUGUAUUUCCGCAUCUCUCAGAUUCUUAUUUGACAAAUGUUCAGAUAUUGCAAACCACUUGGAUAUGUAACAAUCUAAAACGGAUACAAUUAAUUCAGUGAGGAGUGAAGGCUGGUUCUUGGAAGAGCCACAGCCUGCGGAGUCAGUCACAUUCUUGGCUGGGAUUCAAUGACUGAGCCAGACACACACAAACACUGAGUGAGAGAGAGAGAGAGAGAGAGAGAGAGAGAGAGAGAGAGAGAGAGAGAGAGAGAGAGAGAGAGAGAGAGACUGUGCUCACUGACUCAUAUUGAACUGCAGGGGCAGAGGAGCGGAGGCGACGCGCCGUGUCCGGCUGCAACGAUCUCUACUCGCAGGGAAAACAAGGAUUUAAAGUUUGUGGAUUGUGUAUUUCACUUCUGAAUUUCGAAGCGGGGAAGUCAGACUCCCUCGUGGGAUACUUUGGUGGCAACUUGCGCGCUUAGUUUCUCUUACCGUUGAGUUUUCUGUCCUCGUCGGUCUGUGGAUAUGGACAGAAGAGAGCCCACUGCAGGGGACGAAGACGCGCCGGUGGAAACAUUCGUCUAACUGGGAGAAAACCUAUACUGAAUUGAUGGAUAUUUGAUGAAGCCCUAUCCACUUUGUUGUGCUUAUUUUCAGAGACUUGGAAACAGAGACGAGGGAUCUUUGAGUUGUAUUUCUGACCAGACUCUGUGUUUCAUUAAGAAAACGGUGCGUAAAACAUGGAGACGGUAACGCGACAGAGUUUUCAGCCUCACCCGGGACUGCAACAAACUCUUAAACAGUUUCACCUGAGCUCCAUGAGCUCUCUCGGAGGACCGGCCGCUUUUUCGGCCAGAUGGCAACACGAUCUGCUGUUUAAAAAGGACGGGAAAGACGUCCCGGAGCCCGUGCUGCACCUCCCCCCCAUGCAGCCUCCUCCGGUGAUGCCGGGGCCGCUCUUCAUCCCGUCCGACCGCUCCACCGAGAGGUGCGAGACGGUGCUGGAGGGCGAGACCAUUUCGUGCUUCGUGGUCGGCGGCGAGAAACGCCUGUGCCUGCCGCAGAUCCUCAAUACUGUGCUGCGGGAUUUUUCGCUCCAGCAGAUCAACUCGGUGUGCGACGACCUGCACAUCUACUGCUCCCGGUGCACCGCCGACCAGCUGGAGAUCCUGAAGGUGAUGGGCAUCCUGCCGUUUUCCGCGCCGUCCUGCGGACUCAUCACCAAAACAGACGCGGAGCGCCUGUGCAACGCGCUCAUAUACGGGGGAACGUAUCCACCGCACUGCAAAAAAGAAAUCUUCGGCUCCAUAGAGUUGGAGCUCACCGAGAAGAGCUUCAAAAUCUAUCACGAGUGCUUUGGGAAGUGCAAGGGAUUGUUCGUCCCGGAGCUGUACACCAGCCCCAAUGCGCCCUGCGUCCAGUGCAUGGACUGUAGGCUCAUGUACCCGACCCAUAAGUUUGUGGUGCACAGUCACAAAUCGCUAGAGAACAGGACUUGCCAUUGGGGCUUUGACUCGGCCAACUGGAGGGCGUAUGUUCUCCUGAGCCCGGAUUACACGGGAAAAGAGGAGAAAGCGCGUCUGGAGCAGUUCCUGGAUGACAUUAAGGAGAAAUUUGACUUCGCCAAUAAAUACAAGCGGAAAGCAUCAAGGGCGUCUGAUCCCAUUCCUGCCAAGAAGUCCAAACAUGAUGACUUACCAGCACAGUCGCCCUCAGGAGACAAAGACAAGCAACCCGAUUGGCUACGAUCCCUCUCUGCGUCGGCCAAUAAGGGGCUCAAUUGCAUUCAGCCCAGGCAGAGACCCUCAGCAUUCAGGCCAUGGUCCCCGAAUAUCUCUGUUAGCGACAAGGAGGGAAUUGGCAGAACUGCUAACAUGUUACGUGACAGCUUCUACAACUACAAGAGUCUGGAGAGCGCUGUGGCCCCCAACGUAGCUCUGACCCCCCUUCAGAAAGGGGGGCAGGCAUCACCUUCCACCCCCAGCACCUCACACCCUCACGCUGCAGAAUGUGAAAGCGCCAGCCGCGGGAGAAAGAGGAGGCUGACGGGCGAAACCCACCCCAGCCCGCAACCCUGCCCCUCGGCCACUGCCAUCAAACCCCUGCCACCGCAGGAGGAGCGAGAGUCUGACGUGGAGGUGGAAGUAGAGAGCCGUGAAGAAUUCACAUCAUCACUUUCAUCUCUCUCAUCUCCAUCCUUUACAUCCUCGAGCUCUGCUAAAGACCUGAGCUCUCCUUCCGGCCCCGGAGCCACUGUCCCAGCGGUUGUGACACCGGCCACAUGUGUCCCUGAGGGCCCCAUGGUAUCCGCAGUGGAGGUACACGGCAUGACCAACCUGGAAUCAGAGCUGGAGACGCUGAGGCAGGCGCUGGACAACGGCCUGGACUCGAAAGAGUCAAAGGAAAAGUUUCUGCAUGAGAUUGUGAAGAUGAGGGUCAAACAGGAAGAAAAACUAGGAUCCGCCCUACAGGCCAAAAGAAGUCUCCAACAGGAGUUGGAAUUUCUGCGCGUCGCCAAAAAGGAGAAGCUCCGCGAGGCGACCGAGGCCAAAAGAAACCUGCGAAAGGAAAUCGAGCGGCUGCGCGCCGAAAGCGAGAGGAAGAUGAGGGAGGCAAACGAGUCUCGUAUACGGCUAAAGAGAGAGCUGGAGCAGGCCAGACAGCUACGAGUGUGUGACAAAGGCUGUGAGGCCGGACGCCUGCGAGCCAAAUACUCUGCACAGAUUGAGGACCUGCAGGUAAAGCUGCAGCACGCAGAGGCAGACCGAGAGCAGCUCAGAGCCGAUCUGAUGCAGGAGCGGGAUGCGCGGGAACACCUGGAGCGAGUGGUCAAGGAGCUGCAAGAGCAACUCUGGUCCAAAAGCCCCAGCAAGAACGGCACAGAAGCACCAUCUCCGGUCGGCAAAGACUCCAACAACUAAUCCUCUCUGUCUCUUGACUCCACCCAAUCCACAUCAACACCGCCCUGAUUGACAGCACCUGCCGCCCAAUCACGUCAACUAGCAAGCGGGCGACGCCCCGCCCCACCUGCUCCCAGCCUGUGCAAAAUUGACGCAAAUCGGAGCUGGAACUUUUGUUGAGGGAAUUCAGACUUGAGACACAAAAUAGUGAGCACUGCAUCAAGCCUCCAUCCGCAAAUGAGUAGGAAAACAAAAUGCGAAACGUCGAUUUGGAGAGAGGAUAAAGCCAAUAGCACAAAAGCUAACGGUGCCUGCAACUGAAUAUGUUUUCAAAUGAAGACUUUUCUAUGAGAAAUUGAUGAUGACUAUGAGAAAUUUUACACACAGCGAAUCUUUAUAGCAUGCCGUCUGCCCCGAUGUCGAUGUCAGAGAGAAAAAGACUCCCGAUUCCGUUCAUUUCCUCACUUGCCUUGGGGGAAGUACGAUGAAAUUCACUUUGUUAUAAGCUAUUUCAGAGACUUCUUAGUGAGUGUGUAUGAGACAAAACAAAAACUUCUGCAAGCUAUCAGAGCCUCAAAUUAAUCCCUCUUUUGUCAUGUUCAUGUAAAAAGAAAUGAAUCUCUUUUAUGUCAUGCUGGUUUAAAAAAGCCAUUGUUAGACAUGGAGACAAAUAAUUCGACACAUACACAGACAGACGCUUCGCAUUGUUAGGGAGAUACUGGGCAGGAGAGCGCUGAAGGGCUGUGGAGAGCUUGAAGUUCGGCUUUUUCGAAGGGGGAGAGAUAUUUGUAGUGUUACGAUCAAUCAAGCACUUUCAUUAAAUGUUAAACAAAUUCUCUUCCUCGAGCUGUAGUGCAAACACAACGGCACAGAUACACCAUGUGCAUCCAUCAAAACCAGGAGGUGGAUCGCAGGAAUGUGCACUUGGUAAUGGGUUUGGUGUCUGUGUGGAGGUUUUGUGGCACACGCAUACAGUACAGCGCUUCUCUGUGGGCAGAGGUGCAGAGAUUUGGCCCAGCUCAUCGUCGUGGGCGGCCAUUUUAGGAAGAAAAUCAAAACGCAAAAAAUGAUUUGGCUUCUCGGGCUGGAGGUGUCAAUUUUAUCAGAACCACACAAAAUUGUUCUUUUUAAGUAAGUUAUAAUAUGUAAAUAUGAAAAUGUUUUCUUUUCGCUUUGUUUUUUACUUUACAAUAAUGAAUCGCACUUUGUCGUUACAAAAAUACUGUCUAAACGCAUUACGCUCCCACACUCUCCCACGCAUUUAUCUCUAAAGAGAGUUUAGUAUUCCUAAGUAUAAAAUUGAAAUAAACCUUUUUGUUAAUUGUAUGCAGUUUUAAGAAAUGCAAUGUAAUCGUGUUUAAGACAAAGAAUUGUAAAUAAAACCGCAAGAAUUUUAAAGAAUAAAGGUUCUACCUGCUUGCUUGCUGAAACGUGGAUAGAUACGUGGACAGAACUGUCCGCUCAAUUCGACUCAACAUUUAUCAUAGUUAUCCAUAUACGAGUAUAAUCGUUGCUAAAGUGUUAUUGUUACUGAUCUGGAUUCCUAUGUGUUUUGAACGGUUCAGAAUCAAAUUUAAAACCGUUCGGAACGAACGGGCGUCAGACACGCAUCAGUAAAGGGAGUCUAAAAACAAUGCAGGUGCUUCUCUCGGCUAAAAAAUGUUGUGCUGUGAGCGUAUUUCUCAAGACAAGAAUGGAUGAAUGAACGAAGUUUAGAUGGUUUAAUAAAUGUUUAAGCGCUCACACACUUAGCUGAGAUAGACAUAUAUUUUAUACGUGAUUUAUAUACAUUGGGUACAAUGCAAUCAGAAUGUAUGUAACGUUUUGGCUCUUUCAUUUCGUUGUUCUUGUUGUUAUAACAGAUGGUUUUUCAGAUUAUGUGAAUAUUUUAUUGCUUGUCUUAUGUUCCUUCUUUCAAUAGCAAGCUUAUGUAAUUUCUUUCAUAUGCAUGGAAUUUAAAGAAAAAGAUCAAGUCUGCCAUUCAUAUAUUCAUUAUUGGGCAUUAAAACUCUAUAUGUAAUUUUUUUUUAAAUUGUGUUAUGCAAUAUAAAGCUAUUUUAAUCUUGUUUUUAAUACAAAUGAAACAACACCCACUUAUAACAAUACAUUUUACUAUAAGAGCUCUUAACAAUCUUAAAUGCAAACAUACACGUUUUAUGGGCUAAACACAAACCAUAUGUGCAUAUGCAAUGCUGGACACCCUCAAGUGCCUGUUUUUGGGCCCUUGGGGUUCCAGAGGAGGAACGAUUAUUACACCAGCCUGUUUCCAUGCUGACCCGCUUCAGACAGUGGUCAGGUUGCAAGGACAGGCCGGCCCAUUUGCACUCUCAUGCGAGGGGGAAUGUUUGGCGCCAUUUGGCUCACCCCGUUUUGCCAGAAUGAACUUGACUAUCAUUGCUUAAGGGCAAGCCGCAGCUUAUUUGAUGCCAGUUUGUCAGUAUUCCUUUGAUGUUUUCUUCGAAAAGAAAUGAAAAAUGCAUAGCAGAAUUUAAUGCUCCAAUUGCCACUGGUAAAAAAAGAAUUAAAAUCUUAUACUAAGAUAGCUUUUAAUGUACGUCAAUAAAUAAACACUUCUCUGUUUUUAAAGAAUAAACAAAAUAUAUUUAAGAGAAGGUUACUUUUGCUAUAGAUAUAAAAAGAGGCGUUGAAAUGAUAUGGUUAUCAUUUCGGCAAAGAUAUUAAACAGGGGUCUAGGGAAAGCCCAGCAUCUUAAACAAUAGUAGCAAGAAGCUGUGCAUUUUUACAGACCAAAAAAAUAAAUAAAAACGAGUAAAAAAUUCUUUCAGAUAAGAUUGUUUUGUAGUUGUUUUUACACACAAAUUGGUGUAGUUUACUUUGUGCAGUUUUUUAUGAAAAAGGGAGACAUUGUUCACCAGACGCUCCUUCGCUCCCGACAAAAUGUGGAUUUUUUCUAAAAUAAAACAAGCCAUUUUUGCUAACAAAUACAGCAAUAACAACAUAACAUCACUAAUAAAUGAGCAGGAUUAGCCAGUUUGAUAGUAGUAAAGUACAAAGUCACCAAUGUAUAUAGCUGGUUUCUUUUGUUUUAUAAAAAUUUUAUCAUAAAUGUAUAUUGUGUUUCUUUUUCUUUCUUCAGAAUAAGAAAUCCCUUACCUAAAAGUUGUUAUAUUUUACGUUGUGUUUUUAAAAACAAAAAGAUAGAAAUGUUUAUAAAACAAUUAUUUGAAAAGUUGUAUUCCCAACGCAAACAUAUUCAGUACUUUAUUCUGCCUUUUUUUUUUACAAAAAUGAUAACAAUGUCAAUAGAAUCAUAAUGGUAAAAACCUUUCUUUUUUAAAUUUUUUACGUUCAACUAAAUAUCAAAUACACCAAUUCUGGUUGAAUCAAACAUCUGCAUUCUUGUUUUAACAAUCUGUUCUUUUUUCCAUCCCGAAUAUAUAUCUUCUUAGCCCUUCACUGCUGCUAUUACAAUAUGCUAUAAACUUUGCAACUCUUGAAAUUAUUUUUAUGUAAGAGAUUAAUGUAUGCUUUCUUCUACUGAUGCCGCUUAUACAGUUUGAUCUGGCCAAUUUCUCCCUCUUAGACUUUCCCUCCCUCUUUACAUGGACUAUAAUGUAAGAUAGACAGCUCUAUGAGAUUAGAGUUGAAAGUAGUUUGGCUUAUAUACUGCAAGUGUCAGGAUGUACAGUGUAUAGACCCAUAAUCAAAAAUAAAGUUGUUUGUCCAGA